CAUUGUUUCUGUUUUGUUUUUCCAACACAAUUUAUAUUCAGAAUGUUGCGAAUUUCUAAUAAAAUACGUUUUUAUUGCAAAAUAGCCGCUAAAAGUGAUUUAAAAUCCAAAUUGGAUUUUACGCAAUUAAGACAUCCCACCAAAGUGCCUCAGCAGCCAGAACCUAAUGCAUUCCCUGACCUAGACAACAACACUGACGACGAUCCAAUUGACUCCAAGACGAUUCAGUUGCUGGAACGUCUCUCUUUGGUGGAUUUGGACAGUGAGGAGGCACUGAAAACUCUAAAGAGUAGCAUACAAUUCGCCAACAGGAUAGUGGACAUUCCCACAGAGAAUGUGCCAGCCCUUUACACUGUACUGGAAAAGCAACAACUUCAAUUACGCAACGACUCAGUCACCGAGGGCAAUUGCCGGCAAGAGAUCCUAAGGAAUGCCAAGAUAACAGAUGAGGAUUACUUUGUCUCACCGCCAGGAAAUAUUCCAUUAGAACAACAAAAUGAAUAA